AUCGCUCUCAGCCAAUCACAGGCGAGCUUUCCCGUCUCAUAUACACGUAUCACGCCAUCUUGGUGAAGUCGCCCGCGGGAUCAAAGAAGCACAGUAACUCUUUUCUUCGUAACCGCCUCCGUGUCCGGUAUGAACGGCUCACGGAACAAACCGGCACCGACACCGGCGGUCAGCAAAGCUCAGGCGGACACGGACAGCGGCUCGACGGAGACCAACCACCGGGAGCGGAAGAGCGGAGGAGGAGUGCUGAAGAAGCUGAAGUCGAGGCGCAGUCAGCCGGAGAAGUGGCCUGUGGUCACCGAGGAUGAGCUCCGGGCGCUGGGGGAAGACAUCUCCCCGGAUCAUGUGCUGGGUCUCCGGGCUGUCACGGAGGACUAUCUGUGCAAACCCGAGGACAACAUCUACAACAUCGACUUCACACGCUUCAAAAUCAGAGAUCUGGAGACGGGGACGGUUCUGUUCGAGAUCGCCAAGCCUCCGAACAGCGGUCCCGUGGACGGUGAAGACGACGGCGGAGACGUGGACAGCAGUGCAGGACGUUUUGUACGAUACCAGUUCACACCGGCCUUCUUAAAACUCUGUACUGUUGGUGCAACCGUGGAGUUCACGGUGGGCGACCGGCCAAUCAACAGCUUCCGUAUGAUCGAGCGGCAUUACUUCCAGGGACGCCUCCUCAAGAACUUUGACUUCGACUUCGGUUUCUGCAUCCCCAACAGCCGCAACACAUGUGAACACAUCUAUGAGUUUCCACAACUUCCAGACGAACUCAUUCGUCAGAUGGUCGCUCACCCUUACGAGACGAGGUCAGACAGUUUCUACUUUGUGGACAACAAACUCAUCAUGCACAACAAGGCGGACUACGCCUACAACGGCGGGCUGUAAGAACGUGACGUGUUCGCCUCGUCCUGGAUUACAGGACAAACGUCUGCCUUCGUCCAUCAGGACUCAUGGAGCUCAGUCUCUGAGACUCUGUCCAACAUUUCUGUCCUUCAUGUUCCCUUGAACACUUUGCCUUAAGUUUGUUGCCGUCUCUGCUGGAAAGGGACAGGUGGAGUCAUGGCGGAGCCUACAGACUGCGUCACUUAUGAAAACUUCAUUUACUUCAAUAUAUUUAGACUCUUGAUGUUUGUUUGAAAUACCUUUUUGCAACCUGACAGUUGUUUCCUGUCUGGAAAAACGAGCGUUCACUAGGAGUUGUUCAGUAUUGUUAGUCGUAGAUGAUCAUGUAGCACGAGCUGACGUUCCUCGACACUCUGGGACAACAAAGAUGACCGCCGGACUGUCUUCUCACGCCGAUCCUCGAGGUCUUCGAGGUCUUCGAGGUCCUCGUGGGCUGAUGAAGCCCUGUUUUAAGGACUCUACUGCUGGUUUUGCAUAUAUUCGCCCGUUUACUACAAACGUGUAACUGUUUCCAGUCUGUACAUUUGCACAAAAGCUCUUCAAUAAACCUUUGUUAAGCUCA